AUGGCUAUCAUUCAUCACAUCAUCCUCGUGGCACUUCUUGUCAUCUCCGUCGCCGCCGUCUCUAUGCCGUCGAAAUUAAAACCCACACAAACCGUUCCUGCAGUCUCUGCGGCGGCUAAAGCAUUCACCGACGCGCACAACAAGGCCAGAGCCAUGGUCGGUGUUUCGCCUCUAGCUUGGAGCCUCACGCUCGAGGCGGCGGCGAGUCGGCUGGCUCGUUACCAGAGGAACCAGAAGAAGUGUGAGUUCGCGAGUCUCAACCCUGGAAAAUACGGCGCGAACCAGCUUUGGGCGAAGGGUUUGGCCGUGCCGCCGUCUCUCGCGGUGGAGACUUGGGUGAAGGAGAAACCUUUCUACGAUUACAAGGCUGACUCGUGUGCUGCGAACCACACGUGCGGGGUCUAUAAACAAGUCGUGUGGAGGAACUCCAAGGAGCUCGGCUGUGCUCAAGCCACGUGUGCUAACGAGUCAACGGUUUUGACCAUUUGUUUUUAUAAUCCUCCGGGGAAUAUAAUUGGCCAAAAGCCAUACUAG